AUGGGCUCCGCGGUGUAUUUCUCUAGGAGGGUCUUCACUGAGAACCUGCGGGGGGUGUAUCACGGUACUAACACCAGCACCAAUACUAACACUAACACCAGCACCAGUACUAACACCAGCACCAGUACUAACACCAGCACUAACCCCAACACCAGCACUAACACCAGCAUCA